AAAGUAAAUUUCUUUUUCUAGGUGGAUAUGGUUUUUGCAUCUUUUAUUCGCAAUGCAUCUGGUGUCAAGCAAAUUAGAGAAAUUCUAGGUGAAGAAGGAAAAGGCAUUAAGAUCAUUUCUAAAAUUGAAAAUCAUGAAGGGGUGAAAAAAAUUGAUGAAAUAAUUGAAGAAAGUGAUGGAAUCAUGGUUGCUAGGGGAGACCUUGGAAUAGAAAUACCUCCUGAAAAAGUAUUUUUGGCUCAGAAAAUGAUGAUAGCAAAAUGCAACAUGCUGUGUAAACCAGUUAUUUGUGCAACACAAAUGUUGGAAAGUAUGGUAAAAAAACCUAGGCCCACAAGAGCAGAGAGUUCAGAUGUUGCAAAUGCUGUGCUGGAUGGAGCAGACUGUGUUAUGCUCUCAGGUGAAACUGCUAAAGGUGAUUAUCCACUUCAAGCUGUGAAAAUGAUGCAUGCUAUAUGUGUAGAAGCAGAAGCGGCAAUUUUUCAGCGGCAUGUAUUCAUUGAACUUAGCAUGAAGACUCCUGUCCCUACUGAUUCAACACAUACCGUUGCUAUUGCUGCUGUGAAUGCAUCAAUGAAAUGCUUAGCUUCAGCCAUCAUAGUUAUUACUACAACUGGGAGGAGUGCACAUCAAAUUUCUAAGUAUCGACCAAAAUGCCCCAUAAUUGCUGUGUCGAGACUUGCCCAUACAACACGUCAAGCACAUUUGUUUAGAGGAAUUUUGCCUUUACACUUCACUGGUUCACGUCUUCCUGACUGGCCUCAUGAUGUUGAUGUGAGAAUUCAAUUUGCAAUCGAUUUUGGUGUAAAAAGAAAGUUCAUCAAUUCUGGUGAUGCUGUAAUAGUGGUCACAGGUUGGAGGAAAGGAGCUGGUGCUACAAAUACAAUGCGUGUGCUUUAUGUUGAGUAAAAAUGUUACAUAA